AUGACUUGUAGGGAGGGACUUAUGUCACCACAAACAGAGACUAAAGCAAGUGUUGKAUUCAAAGCUGGUGUUAAAGAAUAUAAAUUGACUURUUAUACUCCUGAAUAUGAAACCAAGGAUACUGAUAUCUUGGCAGCAUUUCGAGUAACUCCUCAACCCGGAGUUCCACCUGAAGAAGCAGGGGUUACGGUAACUGCUGAAUCUUCUACUGGUACAUGGACAACUGUGUGCACUUAUGGGCUUACCAUCCUUGAACGUUACAAAGGACGAUGCUACCACAUCGAAUCCGUUCUAGGAGAAGAAACUCAAUUUAUUGCRUAUGUAGCUUACCCCUUAGACCUUUUUGAAGAAAGUUCGGUUCCUAACAUGUUUACCUCGAUUGUGAGUAAUGUAUUUGGGUUCAAAGCCUUGGCAGCUCUACGCUUAGAGGAUCUGCGAAUCCCUCCUACUUAUACUAAAACUUUCCAGGGACCACCUCAUGGUAUCCAAGUUGAAAGUGAUAAAUUGAACAAAUAUAGGCGUCCCCUAUUAGGAUGUACUAUUAAACCUAAAUUGGGGUUAUUCGUGAAGAACUAUGGUAGAGCAGUUUAUGAAUGA